GUAUAACCCUUUCCUUGCCAUUCGUGAAAUCUGGAACAGGAGCGUCUUUAGGUCGAUCAAUUAGUGUGGAUCCGGCCUCACCACGCCUCCAAGUCAUUCUAUUAGUCUAGAUCCGGCUAGCAAUUCUAGCUGGGACUCCCAGUUCUAGCUCCUUUUGUUUAGCGUGUCAGAGACUGGGAGAAGAUGAUUGGCACUCCCUGGCUCCUUUGGAUGUACAGCUGUCCAGAUCCCUAGAACAUACCCUCCAUUCUGACGAGUUAUCAGUGCAUAGGGUGCUUACUAGAUUCUUGCCAGCCAGUACAGUUCAAGCUACACACAGCACCGCUCAACUAUUCUCUACCCCAUUAUCUAGCUAAAUCUGGUCCAACUAGACAGCAGACACAGCUAGUUAAUUCAGUAAAGCCAGGGGUAGCCCUACUUCUACGGUUGUUCAGUACCCACGGUAACAAUUCCUCUGGGCUGGGCUAACUAGUUGAGCCACGCCUCCCAAUUCUCAAGGCUAGGUACAUGUCUCUGUCUAGCUGCUUCUUCAGCUUCUUGCUCAGUUUUGUGGCUUAGAGAAAGGCCAGCUACUCAGGGGGAAGAGUCCAGAUGAAAGUCUGGCAGCCAGGUGACGUCCAAACGGUCAGUUAUUCUUUCCACCAACUUUUUAAUCUAGUCUAGUCCUGCUUGCACUGCUACUACUACUGCUGCCUACUGCUGCUACUCUUCCUAGCUAGUCAAAGGUUUCUUUUUUUUUUUUUUUUUUUUAUAACUACAUAUGCACAAAGAGACAUCAAAGCUUACAUCAAAGGACACAGAUUUUUAGCCUACUUGACUGAUAAGGCGGUUACCUAGACUACAGUUUGUUUGUCAGGGAGGAGCUCACAUACAACUUCAUCUAAUUCAUCAUAACGAUUCCUUACCCAUUGUUGUAAUUUCUACAACAGAUUGCCAAGGAAAGAGAUAUGGGUGAUGAUUAAAAGCAGCCACACCUAGAAAUAUGUAUUACAACUACAAGUUAGUGUUGUUUAAUUAACAGAUCUAGUUACAGCUCAUGGCUAUUGUACAAGUGCUUGUUGCUAGCAUUCUGCUUGCUAGCAACGCUCUGGCUGCAGCUGGAAGCAAGAACCAAACUCUGUACAUCCUAACACUACUGCCCUAUCCUUAUAUCAACCCACUGUUUGAUCCCUCUUGGGUUGAAGGACCUCAAGUUUCUCUGGCUCUGGAAAUUGCUAAAGAAGAGAUCAAUAAUCAACUUGCAAUUCUACCAGGCUAUCAAAUAGAACUGAUUGGUGGUGACUGUGGAUGUGAGUAUGUGGACAGGGCUUACGAAGCAAUAGGAAGCACUACAUACUAUCCUGGUGUAUCCAAGAUGCCAAUCGGUAUAAUUGGUCCAGGCUGCUCGAGCUCAUCUCUUUCAGUCUCUUCAUUGACCAAUCGAGAGGCUUUAUCUCUUGUAAAUGUUCAUGGGGGUGGCAGUCCAUCAUUGUCUGACAGAACCAACUUCCCCUACUCACUUGGUACGCUUGGAUCUGCAGAAUCUUUUUCAAAUUUAGUCAUCAAACUAAUGCAUGCAAACAAUUGGCAUAGAAUAGGAAUACUGUUCAACGAACUCCGAGAAUUUUAUUCUACUACAUCGCAAAAUCUCCAUGACAUCAUAUCUUCUGAUUCCACGUUAUCUAGUUAUUUGUCGCCAGUUUACGAUAACACUUACAUUCCAUUGUCGGAAAUUAUGCAACAAGGCAUUCGAAUAAACGUACUCUUCACACCAGUGAGGACCACACGGCAAGUGCUCUGUCUAGCUUUGCAUCGUGGGGUCGUGUAUCCAGCCUACCAGUGGAUAGUGACCAGCAAUACAUUCGAGGAUAUUGCUCAAAAUGUGAACUUUGAGUUCGACCAUCAAGUCUAUAACUGUUCCGAGACAGAAAUGCGACAAACCGCUCUCAAUAGAGUCUCGUUUAUAAAUUACCGACUCUCUCAUAUUAACGAAUCAGCUCCUUCAACCUAUCCCAAGCACUCCUUUAAAGAAUACGAUGCAUUAUUUCGGAACAGACUUGAAGAGCAUAAUUUACAGAACAAUGACAACAUAACGUAUUCUGUAUGGACCACUUAUUUGUACGACACCUUCUGGGCAUGGGCAGUAGUUUUGGACAGAGUCGCCAAUAGAGAGCCUAAUAUGGACCUCACCCAGUUUCGAUAUGGGAAAACUUCGUUAUCAAAAGUGGUCCUCGAGGAAUUCUACCGUCUAGACUUUGAGGGGGUGUCAGGAAGGAUAAAGUUUAAUAAUAACUCGGGAUUUCUGAAUCGAGUAAUAUCUGUGUUUCAAGCAAAAGAUGGUAAUGUGACGGAAAUUGGUUACUUUGAUGGUGGGCAGUUCAUAGUUAAAGAAGACCUAGAUGCUAUAGAGGGUGAGUUUACUGAUGAACACUUCAGUAUUGGCCCCGGUGUGUUUGCGGCUCUCCUCAUUGUGAUUGUUCUAGAGCUGGUGGUAUUAAUAACACUCCAUGUGCUCACGAUAAAAUAUCGAUUCUCUCAAUCUGUAAAAGCCUCGAGUCCCAAGCUCAGUCUGCUAACCUUUAUUGGGUGCUAUCUCAUUAUAUUCACACUAUUCCUCUACAUGUUCAGGAGGUAUCUCCUGUUUGAUAAUUAUUCCUCAGUUUUUCUCUGCAACUUAACCUGGGCAUGGUUGCUUCCCAUCUCCUUCACACUGGCUUUCGGAACGGUGGCUGUUAGAACAUGGAGACUGCAUCGAAUCUUCACACACUAUCUCAAUCCGGGACGCUUCAUUGCUGACCACUACCUCAUGGCCUUUGUAUUCAUCUUGCUUGGUGUUGAUGUUUUAUUUGGUACUUUGUGGGUGGCCAUCGACCCACAGCAGCUGGUCGUGAAGAAUGUUACCGUUUAUCGAGGUGUUGCAAACUUUGAAGUUUUCGUUCGGUCAUGCUCCAGUAACAAUCCAUAUUGGUCCUUUGCAUUGGUAUUUGGAUACAGGGGAGUGUUGAUUGUUGUUGUUCUGGUACUGGCAUUUCUGACUAGAAACAUUCAGAACCAGUCAUUCAGUACUAAAACGCUGCGUGUCCUGGUUUAUCUCUCCAGUCUUACCUUGGUGGUUGGGUUUGUGCUCUACUAUCUGUUCAUGUUCUAUGGUUCUCCGAUACCCUAUACAUCGUUUGUAUUUUUAAAUCUCACUUUCCAUGGCCUCCUGCUCCUGUUCAUAGCGCUGAUUUGCCUGCCUCCCCUCAUACCAAAGCUACGUGAAGAAUUCUAUAAAAAGUUUCCACACUUGAUCAAGACCCGUGAAGUUGAUUUUGAAAUCGAAACUGAAACUAAGAGCUGUGUGAUGGAGGGUUCUAGUCGAUUUUACAUAUGAUCUUUUUUGCUGUGUAUUUUUUGUGUAUAAUUAUGUCUGCACGCUUGAUUGCUUAUUCAUUCACAUGUACUUGUAUUUAUGCUCUUCAUCCAGUUAAUUAACUUACCUAUAAUUAUAUAAUAACAAUUUUGCGGCA